GCAACACCAAACGCACAUGCGCACGUCAUUCAGCCAAUCAGCAAGGAGUCUGGUUGAGACGGGCUUUCCUCUCACUCAGGCAGUCAUUUUGCCGAAGAAGCUUUGAGAGCAGUCUGAGAAAUCUGGGACGCCACCAAUGGAAAACUUCAAGCACAUAGCAAUCUAUCACUAUGAUAUUGAUAAUGAAAAAGAGGAAGUAGUGGAAGUGGUAGAAAAAGUAGAUGAUGGACUGGACCAUUCACCAGACUCUCCUCCAACAGAAAAAAGUCCAGUAUUUGGUAAUCCUAAGAAGACAUGGGUUCCUACAAGAAAGGAUGAUGAUACAGGAACUGAAGUAAAGAAUAAGAUGGAUAACAUUGGAGCUGAUGUUAGCAGUACUGUUACUGAAAAGAAGAAAAGAAUGGAGUCGUCUAUUGAAGGUGUUGUUAAAGACUGUAACAAGAAUAUCAAACAACAUUUGAAAUUUCAUGAAGAUGAACUGCGGGAGUUUAAAAUUGAAUUUACUGAGAAGAUUAUAACUGUGUUUCCGCAAUGGGAUUUGGAUAUAAAGCAUCUUGGAGACCAGGAAGAUAAACUAACUGAUAUUUUUUAUCAGCAAAAGAACAUUUUUGAACAAACUAAGAUGCAUCAGUAUCAAGGCCUGAAAAGACUGAAGCGGGAAAGUAAGGCGUUCUUAAAGGCUUUGAAGGACUUGGAGAACGGCGAUCUACUUGCCAGUGCACGCAGUGAAAUUAAAAAUCAAAUGUCUUUGUUGCAAAAAAAAUUUACAGAUAGUUAAAUACUGAGUUGUAAUAACAUGGAAUAGUAGAAGUCCCAACAUACUUUGUUUUGCUUAAAUAUGACACUUAACAAAUGUUAUUCUGAUGAGUCUUGAGAAAAACUUGAACUUGAGUAAUGUAAUCUGUGUUAACUUAGAAACAUGUCUUUCAAAUUUGAAUAUAUUUUAUACCAUAUUUAAUUAUUAGCUUUUUUAAAGUGUGGCACCUCUGUUCCUGUUGGCUUCCAAAUAAAAUCUAAACAGUUAUAUGACAUGUAGCCAUUCCUGUGAAUCAAGGCUUUGGCUCUUUAUCUUUGUUAGUGAAUUUUUCUUACAAUGUUAAUUAACUUUUAUGAACAAAAAAUAAAAAUAAAAGGCACUUACUUGAACAGACCAUAAAAAGACUUAGAGCAUGUUUGUAAAGAGAAUGUAAACAUAUUUUUAAGAAAAAUAAAUAAAAACAGAAUAACUAAGGAUGAUUUAAUUUUCCUACUUUUCUUGGGUUCUCAAUUGUUCUUGAUUAGCUCUAGCUUUGGGCCCUGCUUGCUCAGUAGGAUGUUUCCUAAUACCAGUAUGUUUUAUGUGGGGUUAAAGGGCAAAUGAGAAGAGAGGGAGGAAGAGAAGGAACAAAGAAGCAAGGGGGAAGUGAGAAAAAUGUGAUUUAAUAUCUUUCAGGAGAGAAUGAAUGAAGUAAUCCCUGACUCUUUCAAGUAAUGUCCUGUUAGCACCUCUGAGUCAAAAGAAGGUGAAGCUUUUACCAGAGGCCAUGAGUAC